GAUCAAUCUGGCCACUCUGGUCUUGGUUUCUGAUCGUGCUGGGCUGCUCAUCAAGCAUACCCGAUCCAGACACGCCCGCCCCUGCCAUGGACCUCGAUCCAGAUACCGCCAGAGCCGUCUUUGAGAACGGCGCCUGUCUGCUCUUUCUCGAUGCCCCAGCCAACAUGGACUUUGGCAUCGACUACAACAGCUGGCAGAUCGGCCCAAAGUUCAAGGGCGUCAAGCUCAUUCCGCCAGGGCUUCAUUUCAUUUACUACAGCACUACAGGAUCAGGAGGAACACAGCAACUGGGCAGGACCGGAUUCUUCCAUUUCUUCAAAGCUAAAGAGAUCUUGGUGAGGCAGUGGAACCCCGAAAUAGAAGACCUGUAUCCCGAAGGCUCGAUUGACCCUGAGCAAAUCGAGCGGCUCAAGUUCAAUAUCCGCGAGUUUGAGCCAUUCCUGGGCGCCUACCCGCUUGUGCCGGUCGAGUCGAUCGCUGGCGGUGUCAACACUUAUCACAAGUGGCUCCGUCUAACCUCCUACAUUGACGAAGAUCUGGUGCGCAAGGUCGUUCCGCAAGGCGGCCGCAUUUCGACCAUGUCGAGUACUUCGAGGUUCUCCGAUAUCCCAGACGAGCGCCUGGAGCAAAUCACCAAGCAGCGCCAGCAAGAAAUGAGCGUCGAUGUGUCUGGACAAGUCCCCUCGUCUUCAGCCAGCGCUGUCGGCAAUACCGAAGGAGUGAUCACGCCGCUCCCCACAAGCCAAGCAUACAGCGAUGUCGCCGAGGAGUUGCGGAUACGCUUCACGCCCAUCGAUCUCAAGCGGUCAUUCCGAGCUGGAGCGAUGGGGGCUGAGGUGACAAAGUACAGCAUGGACAAGUCGUAUCUGCUCGAAACGCUAUUGCCUCGUCGUCCGGAAGGCUACAAGCAGAUCCUGGGAGAGCUAGAAUUGUCCUUCAUCAUCUUCCUGAUCGGCCAGGUGUACGAUGGAUUCGAGCAGUGGAAGUGCCUGAUCCAGCUGCUCACCCAGUGCGAGGAGGCGCUUUCGACUCACGGCAGCACGCUCAUGGCCGAAUUCGUUGGUGUGCUGUAUGCCCAGCUCGAGGAGUGCCCGCUCGACUUCUUCACCGACGCCAUCACCAGCGACAACUUUAUCCGAGUGGCUCUGCUGGCCUUUAUGCGCAUCAUGCAAGAGAAUGCCAGCAUUGCCCCGACGAUUCUCACCACAAGGACCGAGAAGCUGGCUGCGUUCGUGCAGCAGCGGUUUGGGUGGGAUCUGAAGGGCGAGCUGUCGGUUUUGUUUAGCGACGAGAACGACGACGACGAGUACGCCCCUGUCGUUGUCGAGCUGUGACCGUCGGCUCAGGGCCAAUACAGCAUCCUGUCCCUUGUUCCUG